AGCUGAUGGGCUGAGAGCUGCAGCUCGCUGUCGCACUCCGAGCUCUUAUCUUCUCUGUCGUGGCUACCGUGCGAAGGUCGGUGGGGGAAAUUCUCUGCUUGACCUUUUUGCAGCUCCGUUUCUGCCAUUAGAGAGCGCUCUGAGCUUCCGGUGAAGCUCGUGGGGAGGGAAGUGAAGUGGAGAUGGGAAGGAUAUUCGUGGUGGAGCUGGAGGGCCGAUCUUACCGGUGCAAGUUCUGCAAAACCCACUUAGCCCUCGCCGACGACGUCGUCUCGCGUGCAUUUCACUGUCGCCGAGGGAAAGCAUACCUCUUCAAUAAGGCGGUGAAUAUUACAUUAGGAACUUUGGAAGAGAGGGUGAUGCUAUCCGGGCUUCAUACUGUUGGGGAUGUCUUCUGUUGCUGUUGCGGACAAAUCCUGGGCUGGAAAUAUGAGGCAGCGCAUGAAAAGAACCAGAAGUACAAGGAAGGGAAGUUUGUUCUAGAAAGGGGCCGAAUUGUCGACGAAGCUGACUUCUACACAGAGUUCUAUAUCGAUACUCACCCGAGCAUCAGCGAUGCAGAAGAUGCGUAGAUUCAAUUAAACCUGUAUGAGGAAAAUGAGGUAAUUAUCAAGAAGGCGGGAGGAAUAAGAAACGGGAAAGAACGUAUGUUCAUGGAUUUGCCAUGUUGUUUGAAAUGUAGGAUGAUUCCCAGACUUUACUAUUGUGUAGUAUGAAUGUAAAUAUGGGAGAGAUAUCCUAUUUCAACGUCUGAAAGUAAUCCGUAACCUGGAAAUGGAAGAAAUGCCCGGCUCGAUUCUUCUCGAAGUGCAAUUUAAGACUCUUCUGUGAA